AUGGCGAACCUAAUUGACGAUGUCAUCAGGAAGCUGUGCACUCCAGAAAUUGAGCUUCGGCUCAAGGUCGAAGCCGCGAUCAACUUGCGCGACAGCCUCGACCACUAUGUGACCGGUCCAGCAUACUCUCCGUUCCUCAAGCGCGUGAUACCUCCCUUCAUCAUGAUUUUGCGACAACCACCAGUGUUUCAGAGCAAGACGAUGGACCAAGUCAACAUGCAGAAGCUGCGAAACUGCAUCCUCGAGAUUCUUCAUCGCCUCCCUACCUCGAACACGUCGCCCGAGCCCUUCGAACCCUUCGCCGAAGAAGUUGUAGAUCUGCUCAUGGGUCUUGUGCGAGAAGACAAUGAAGACAACGCCGUUCUCUGCGUCAAGAUCAUAUCCGAAAUCAUGCGCCACCAACACAAAGUCCUGGGUUCCAAAGUCCAGCCCUUCCUGAACCUGAUACAGGAGCUAUUCGAACAGAUGGCAUUGGUGGUAAAGGAACAGCUUGACGAUACAUCCACGUCGGUGGUCGGUCCCUCAGGCGCCCCCUCAACCCCCGGUAGCACCCAAACGAGCUUCAUGCCACACCAACAAUCCCCGAGACCAGGCUCUCCUGUCGCCCCUGGCGCCGCCGACUUCAGCGCAGAUGCUGGACAACAAUCUGGUCGGCCCUUGCUGAAGGGCAUGCAAUCCUUCAGGGUGCUGUCCGAGUGUCCCAUUAUUGUUGUGUCUAUCUUCCAGGUCUAUCGCAAUAGUGUGACAGCCAAUGUCAAGCUUUUCGUUCCCCUCAUUAAGUCGGUACUGCUUUGCCAGGCAAAAGCGCAGGAAAAAGCUCAUCUGGACGCUGCAGCUAGAGGGACCAUCCAUACCGGCGUCAGCCCCAAUAUCAAGAAUCGGGUGGCGUAUGGGGAGUUCAUUACCGCCCAGGUGAAGACCAUGAGUUUCUUGGCUUACCUUCUGAGAUCAUACUCCAAUCAGUUGUCGGAUUUUCUCCUGGUGUUGCCAGAGAUCAUAGUGAGGCUUUUGAAGGACUGUCCGCGAGAGAAGUCAGGCGCGCGGAAGGAGCUGCUCGUCGCUAUUCGCCACAUUAUCAACUUUAACUUCCGGAAAAUCUUCUUGCCCAAGAUCGACGAGCUGCUGGAUGAGCGCACCCUGAUAGGCGACGGUUUGACGGUAUACGAGACCAUGAGACCGUUGGCGUACAGCAUGUUGGCCGACCUUAUUCAUCACGUAAGGGACAGUCUUACUCCUGAUCAGAUUCGCAAGACAGUCGAGGUGUAUACGCGAAACCUACAAGACAACUUCCCCGGCACCAGUUUUCAAACCAUGAGCGCAAAACUUUUACUUAAUAUGGCGGAAUGUAUUGCCCGCUUGCCGAACAAGGUCGAUGCACGGCAUUAUCUAAUGAUGAUUCUCAAUGCCAUUGCCGACAAGUUCGCUGCCAUGAACAAGCAGUACGCAAAUGCGGUCAAACUUUCAAAGCUGUACGCCCAGCAAGCUGCCGACAACACGCCCGAGACGUAUUUGGCUGACAAGGAGCACCCCCCGCAGUGGGACGAAAUCGACAUCUUCUCCGCAAUGCCCAUCAAAACCUCUAACCCUCGGGAUCGUGCUGCCGAUCCGGUCGUCGACAACAAGUUUCUGUUCAAGAACCUCAUGACCGGCUUGAAGAACACUUUCUAUCAGUUGAAGAGCUGCAAUCCGACUACCGUGCCAGAUCUGGCUAAUGCACCCGCACACUGGGUUGAUGUUGCUUACGGCUUCACUGCUGAGGAGGUUGAAGUUAUCGUCAAGCUUUUCCGAGAAGGUUGCUACGUGUUCCGGUAUUACGAUAGCGAAAAGCCUGCAGCCGAGUCACCCUUUACUUCCACAGUCGAAUACAUGGCAAACUUCUUCAUGGUUUCCCUCACAAAGGAGGAAAAGGACCUCCUUGAGACCUUCGCUACGGUAUUCCAUGUUGUAGACCCUGCGACCUUCCACGAAGUCUUUCAGCAAGAGAUCCCACGAUUGUACGACAUGAUCCACGAGCACACUGCGCUUCUUCAAAUCCCCCAAUUUUUCCUGGCGAGCGAAGCGACAUCGCCCAGCUUUUGCGGAAUGCUUCUGCGCUUUCUGAUGGAGCGGAUCGAGGAUGUGGGCUCCGCCGAUGUGAAGAAGUCGGCCAUCCUCCUGCGUUUGUUUAAGUUGGCAUUCAUGGCGGUUACUUUGUUUGCGGCCCAGAACGAGCAGGUUCUGCUUCCGCAUGUGGUUGACAUCAUCACCAAGUCUAUUGAACUCUCGACAAAGGCAGAGGAACCGAUGAACUACUUCCUUCUGCUUAGAUCUCUGUUUAGGAGUAUUGGUGGUGGCAAGUUCGAGCACCUUUACAAGCAGAUCUUGCCUCUGCUGGAGAUGCUCCUGGACGUUCUAAACAAUCUACUCCUAGCGGCUCGCAAGCCGACAGAGCGAGAUCUCUAUGUCGAGCUUUGUCUCACAGUCCCAGCACGCUUGAGCAAUCUUCUUCCCCACCUCAGCUACCUUAUGAGGCCUCUUGUGGUGGCUUUGCGCGCCGGGACCGAGCUGGUUGGUCAAGGCCUGCGUACUCUGGAACUCUGUGUUGAUAACUUGACCGCGGACUAUUUGGAUCCAAUUAUGGCACCGGUCAUUGACGAGCUGAUGGCUGCCCUCUUCGACCAUCUCAAGCCACACCCCUACAACCAUUUCCAUGCACACACGACUUUACGAAUUCUUGGCAAGCUAGGUGGCCGAAACAGGAAAUUUAUGACGGACGCUCUUCCUGUGAAAUAUCGCCAGUUUGCCGAUGAUGUGGCCAGCUUCGACAUACGUCUGAUUGGCUCAAAGAUUGACAGAGCAUUCCCAGCACAUUAUGGCGUCGAUCUGGCAAUCCAAAAGUUGAUGGAGGUGCCGCGGUUCAUGAAGGGAGUGUCGGCUGCACCUACCAAGCAGCAGGACGCCUACUACAAGAGGCAAGCGCUCCAUUUCAUCAAGACCCAGGUGAAACUGCGGGUGGGAUUUGACAAUCUGCCUGAAGAUCUCCCUCGCCUUCUUCGACUCCAAGCACAGGAUCUUAUCAACAGGAGAAAGGAUAUCGAUAUCUCCGCCUUUGAAGGUUCUGACCGUGAUCGCUCCAUCGCCAAGAAGAACGAGGAUGAGGGAGAGCUGAAGAGGCUGAUCAAAGCGCUCAUGUUUGCACUCUCGUUACCAGAGUUCAAGCCUGAGGUUGAUGAAUUCCUCUUGAACCUCGCCCGGCAUUUUACCAUUAUCGAGGUGGGCCGUGCAUGGGUUGACUCGAAGAGGUCCAUCACCCCUUUCAAUGUCGAUUCGGGGGCUGGUCCACUCUUUGUUGACACGCGAAUUCUGUCGGAUGCCCUCCUAGAGUCACUCGCUUCCGAGAAACCAGAGGUACGAGAAGGCGCUGAGCGGGUCAUUCAAGAGGUCUAUGAUUCCGCGGCCACCAUCUUUGGGUCCUCAAGCCAUGUCUCAAGGCUUGCCUACUUUAAUAGCUUGGCGAACACUUUCUGUCACGGUUGUUACGAGGAGGAAUGGUUCACCAAAGCCGGCGGUACCUUGGGUAUCAAGAUCCUGCUGACGAACGUCGACCUCGGCGACUCUUGGGUUGCUACCAAGCAGAUCGAGUUUGUCAGAGCGCUGAUGUAUGUCAUCAAAGACAUGCCCCAAGAUCUCCCCGAGAAAACUAGACGAUCCGCACAGGUGACGCUCGAGAUCCUUUUGCAGCGUCUUACCAAGAAUGCCAAGAAAGAGGAUUGCUUGCCUGCGCAGCCAGCACCUCAGCAGCCGGGACAACCGCAGCCUCAGAAGCAGUCUCGUCUUGCUCAAAUCUGCAUGAUGCUCAACGGCGAAUUGUCUCAUAUGAACAGACACGUCCGCAGCACUGCCAAGAGGUCUAUUGAGCUGAUCGCGAAAGCAACAGGGGCCGAAGUCUGGGAGCUCCUUGAACCCCACCGGAAGCAGCUUCUCCAGCCCAUUUUCGCCAAACCUCUGCGUGCUUUGGCAUUUGGUAUUCAGAUCGGCUUCAUUGAUGCCGUUACGUACUAUAUGUCCUUGAAGCCUGACUUUGUCACAUUCGACGAGCACCUGCAUAGGUUGCUUAUGGAGUCACUUGCACUUGCUGACGCUUCGGACGAGUCUCUAGCCGGUAAGAAUCAGGAGUUCAGAACCCGGGAGCACAUCGUCAAUCUUCGCGUGUCGUGCAUCAAGCUUCUCAGCACAGCCAUGGGCUUUGAGGAGUUCAUGAAAGGAUCUGGCAAUGCUACGCGUGCCAAGAUUGUCGGGGUGUUCUUCAAGUGCCUUUACUCGGAGCAAGCACCGACUAUUGAAGCAGCGAACGACGCUUUAAAAUCGGUUCUGUCACAUACCAGUGCUCGCUUGCUGGACCAUAUCAAAGUCAUCGCAGACCCCAACCUUCUCCAACAGAUAUCGUUCACUUUCUUUGAACAGCACGCCUCAAUCAAGGUCAUUGCGUCGGUCUUCAACAUAUUUCACCUGCUCCCCGAUGGGGCUAAGCAAUUCAAAGAGCGUGUCAUCGAGAGCGUUUUGGAGCUGGAGGAAAAGCUAAGGCGGACUCACCACAGCCCCUUCCGCAAACCCCUCUACAAGUAUCUAAACCGAUAUCCUCCUGAUAUCUGGGAGUUUACAUUCAGCAGGAUUGAUCAGCUAAGGUACGGCCGUUUCCUGGCCCAGGCAUUGCGGGAUCCUGAAAGCCAACCACUUAGGGACCACGGUGUCGCAAACGUGGAGGCUCUUGUCAAGGCCUGUAGCGACGUUGUCAACCAGAAUAAGGAGACCAAGUUUGCUGCUAUUGUCAACACAAUCAACAUCCUCGAAGCCCUAUGCCAAAACUCCAACUCGCUAGUUUGGAUGGAGAAUAGAGAGCACAUUGAGUGGCUAAAGACAGUUGGCAAGGAGCUUGAGCAAAACCUCAAGAUGAACAAGCUCCCCGCAAAUGUUCGCCUUGCUGCGGAUCAGGCAUCCGAACAGCUCAUGGUCAUCUUGACCAAAUCCCUAGAGCGCAAUCCGAAGGACAUCGAACCCCUUCUCAGUCUCAUUGAGUCGAUCACUUCAGAUGAUUUCCGAGAGACGCAGACCAUGCUCUCCUAUCUCUACAAGAAUAUCAUAUCUAGCGACUCUAUUGAUUUCUGGCGUACAACCGUACUUCGCUGUCUGGAGAUAUAUGCUGGAAGGGGUGCCAGUCAACGCAUGAAGUGGUAUCUGCUGCACAAUAUCGUCAACCCCAUUGUAGCGAUGGAUGUAAUGCGUCACUGGAAUCGUGGUGAACCGGCCAAGGGUGGUCAACGGUUCCUUGAUCGGGCGGUUAUUGAGUCCAUUAACACCAAGAUUUGGAAGGUGAACCUGGCGGAUCCUCACGACGAUCUUUCGCAGCCGCAUAUUGACCACACCAGAAUGGAAGUGCUCCAGCUCUCGGCCAUGCUGGUCAAGUAUCACCACGCCAUACUGCAAGAUGCGCGCAAGGACUUCAUUAAGUUUGGGUGGACGUACAUCAGGCUUGACGACGUUAUCAACAAGCACGCUGCUUAUGUGGUGAUUGGGUACUUCAUUGCUCACUACGAAACUCCUGCCAAGAUCGUGUCGCAGAUCUACUUCUCGCUCCUCAAGACCAACCAGAAUGAAGGCAGGACCUUGGUCACGCAAGCCCUUGAGCUGAUGGCGCCCGUGAUGCCCAAGAGAUGCAAUACCGCGCCUGGCGACCGGAAUGCAGUGUGGGCUGUUGCGCCUCGUCGAAUCUUGGCGGAAGAAAGUCAAAACGUCCAGCAGAUGACUAGCAUCUUCCACUUCCUCGUCAGGCAUCCGGACUUGUUUUAUGACUCCCGCGACAAAUUCGCCAUGCUCAUUAUUACCUGCCUUCGCAAGGUCGCCGCGCCUCCCAAUCCGUCUAACGAGAGUAAGAAGCUGGUGCUGAACAUGAUGACGCUGAUUUGGCAAUGGGAGCAGCGUCGUGUCGAAGGCAAGCGGUCAGAACCUGUUCGCUCUGUCUCUGAGUCUCCCAAUGCCAAGAAGAGAAAACUCGACGAGCAGCAGUCCGUUUCGCCGGCCUCUGCCAGACAAAGCGAGAGACCCGAAUUCGAAAUCCCGGCUAUGGGCCGCCAGAAGAUGAUCAAGUAUCUGGUGGAGUUCAUCGCUCAGUUGAACGAGCGUUAUCAGCUCCCUUCAGCGAAGGCGCGGGACACACCCGCCACGGCUGUCCCGGCUCUGGCGGCGCCUUCUGGUGAACUCUGCAAGAAGGCGAUGGCACUUCUCUACAACCUUCUUCAGCCGCAAUAUUGGGGUGAUCUUGAUCUGGACCUUUUCCAAAACGUCACUGAUAUUGUCCUGACCAGCGAGAAGGCCUCCCUCACAUUGUCCAAUGAGCCGUCCGACAAGGAGAAGGCCGAUGACAAGUUCCUUACCAACAUUAUCAACACCCUUCAGGUCAUCCGCAUCAUUCUUCACUUCAAGUCCGACGACUGGGUUGUCAAGAAUAUGAGUCACAUCCAAAAGAUUUUGGAGAAGUGCCUGAAAUCAGACAACCCAGAGAUUCAGGACUGCCUCCACACGGCUGAUAAGCAAUGUGAUGGUGGCCGAGAGGUCCGACCGAUCAUCAAGCGAAUCCUCGACGCGGUCCCAGAAGAUGUGCCCAUGGAGGAUGCUGAUGCUGAAGGCGAAACGGAAGCGCCAACUUCGGAGGUUGUCACGUUCCUGUCCGGCAUUGCCACGGAGAGUAUGGCUGCGGCAAAUUACGUUUCCGGUAUCAACAUUUUAUGGUCCUUGGGUCGCCGCCGUCCUACAGCUAUCGACCAGCAUAUUCCUGCAAUCAUGAAGUCGCUUCAGUCCAAGUUGGCUAGAGACCACGUCUCCCACUAUGCGGCGUUGGCACAGGGUGGCAUCCCCCGACCACAGCCAGACAAUGCCAAUGCUGCAACCGAAAUGAACGCCUACGACCUUGAGAUACAGACUGGGCUGAUCAUCAAGGCCAUUGAGACUGUUUCCCUUCGUAUGGACAUUCUCGGGGACAACCGGAGACCUUUCCUGAGCGUGCUCGCCACUAUUGUGGAAAAGUCACUGCACACCGCUCUAUGUGAAAAGAUCCUUGACAUGGUUGAGGGAUGGGUAUUCCGCUCUGAGGGAACGUGGCCAACUCUGAAGGAAAAGACGGCCGUUCUUUCCAAGAUGAUCACGUUUGAGCACAGGCAAGAUCCAACCAUGCUCAUGAAGUUCCUCAACCUUGUUCUACGCAUUUAUGAGGACCCCAAAAUCACACGGACUGAACUCACCGUGCGUAUGGAGCAUGCGUUCCUUAUAGGAACGAGAGCUCAGGAUGUGGAUAUGCGCACCCGCUUCAUGGCCAUCUUCGAUAAGAGUCUCUCCAGGACUGCCAGUGCUAGGUUGGCAUAUGUUAUCUUGUCUCAGAACUGGGACACGCUAGCCGAUUCAUUCUGGCUGGCGCAGGCAAUCCAGCUUCUUUUCGGAGGAGUGGAUAUGAAUCUUCCCAUUCAGCUACACCAGGACGAUUUCCGUACCUUGUCAGCCUCUCAACUCAUUGGAAGCUAUGCCAAAGAUACCAGAGAACCAGCCUUGAUCAGCGAUGAUAAAUACGAGGCGUUCAUGGCUAGCCAUCGCCGCUUUAUUGCCGAGCUUGGGGACAUCAAGGCGCGAGACAUCCUUGAGCCUUUGACCCAGCUGCAACAUAUUGAUAACAAUCUGUCCAAUGAUAUCUGGGUUGUUCUUUUCCCAAUGUUCUGGUCCGCGACUUUGAAGGAGGAUAGACCUGAGCUUCAGCGUGGCCUUGUCACCCUUCUCACCAAGGAUUACCAUUCUAGACAGAUGGACAAGCGGCCAAACGUGGUUCAGUCCCUUCUAGCUGGAGCAGCCAAAGCUUUUCCAGAGUGCAGGCUACCACCCCAUGUUCUCAAGUUUGAGGCUAAAACCUUUGACGCAUGGUAUACAGCUCUCUGCCAGUUGGAGACCGCUGCCAUCAAGCCGGGAGACGACUCAGCGAUCGUUAAGGAAAGCAACCUCGACGCAUUGGUGGAUCUAUAUGCAUCUCUUGGUGAGGAAGAUCUUUUCUUCGGGACAUGGCGUCGUCGGUGCCAGUUUGUCGAGACCAACGCAGCGCUAUCGUACGAGCAGAAUGGCAUGUGGGACAAAGCCCAAAAGAUGUACGAAGCAGCCCAGAUCAAAGCGCGGACGGGCGUCAUUCCUUUCUCCGAGGGCGAAUACAUGCUGUGGGAGGAUCACUGGGUUCUUUGCGCUCAGAAGCUCCAGCAAUGGGACAUUCUUCAGGAGUUUGCUAAGCAUGAGAAUAUGCAAGACCUGCUGUUGGAGUCUAUCUGGCGCAACACUGAGUACUGGCAAAACCAAGAGAACAGGGAGCAAUUGGACAAUCACAUCAAGGGCCUGAUGGAUGCGCCUACCCCGCGCAGAAGCUUUUUCCAGGCCUUCAUGUCGUUGCUAAAAUAUCACAACAAGCAGGAGAGUCUUCAGGACUUUAACCGCGUUGUUGACGAGGCGAUCCAACUUUCCAUUCGGAAAUGGCACCACCUUCCUAAGCGUCUCACCACAGCUCACAUCCCGAUCUUGCAGAACUUCCAGCAGUUGGUUGAGCUUCAUGAUGCUAGUGUGAUCUGCCAGAGUCUUUCCGCAACCAACUCGAACAACCUCGAUGCGCGAUCCGGUGAGCUUAAGCUGCUCCUCGGCUCAUGGCGGGAUCGUCUCCCCAAUACGUGGGAUGAUAUUGUCGCAUGGCAAGACCUGGUCACAUGGAGACAACACGUCUUUGGUCUCAUCAACAACACAUAUCUCCAGCUUUUGCCGCAACAAGGAGGACAAAGCGCUGGUGGUGCUUCGUUCGCGUAUCGUGGGUUCCAUGAAACUGCUUGGAUCAUCAAUAGAUUCGCGCACGUUGCCCGCAAGCAUGGUCUCCACGAAGUGUGCAUCAAUCAACUCAGCCGCAUCUACACCUUGCCGAACAUUGAGAUUCAAGAGGCCUUCCUCAAGCUGAGGGAGCAGGCCAAGUGCCACUAUCAGAACCCAGAAGAGCUGCAAAAUGGGCUGGAGGUCAUUAACAACACCAAUCUCGGCUACUUUACAGGUCAGCAAAAGGCUGAAUUCUUCACCCUCAAGGGCAUGUUCCUGGAGAAGCUUGGUCAAAAAGACGAGGUUGAUACAGCUUAUGGCAUGGCACUUUCGCACGACAUCUCGGCCCCUAAGGCGUGGGCAGAAUGGGGCUACUUCAACGACAGAAAGUUCAGGGAGAACCCGGCUGAUGUGCUUGCCGCCAAGCAGGCCCUUACAUGCUACCUGCAAGCCGUGUCAAGCUAUAAGAAUCACAAGUCACGGAAGCUCAUUGCACGGAUUCUGUGGCUUUUGAGUCUCGAUGACGCCAACAACACCAUCUCGAGCGGGUUCGACGACUUUAAGGGCGAGACACCGACAUGGUAUUGGAUUACGUACAUCCCUCAGCUGCUCACCGGACUCAACCAUAAGGAGGCACCGAGACUCCAGGUCGUCCUGAGCAAGAUUGCUAAAAGCUACCCUCAGGCGCUUUACUUCCUGCUCCGAACCAGUCGCGAAGACAUGCUGCAAAUCAAGAAGGCUCAGGAGAAUAAGGAGCGUCUGAGACAGCAACAGCAGCAACGAGCUCAAAGCGCAGCCGCAAACGCCAACAGGGCAAGUGCUACUCCGGGCCAGCCUACUCCUGCUGCUACGGCUACGGCUACUCCCAAGCCCGAAGGUGACUCACGACCUGCCACCGCUACUGGCGAUGCUGCUGGACAGGUCAAGCCUGAAGUCAAGGCUGAGGGUGCAGUCAAUGGUGUUCCUGUGGCACCUGGUCAAGGCAGCGUUCCUCCUCCAAACCCUGCUCAAGUCGCGGCAGGCCAUCACGCUGCGGGUGCAGUCCCUGGCGCGCAGCCACAGGCCGUCCAGAAGAGGCCACCUUGGGAACUUACCGAUGAGAUCAUGAGCAUGUUGAAGACGGCAUUCCCGCUCCUGGCGCUGUCCAUGGAGACCAUGGUGGAUCAGAUCCAGAAGCAUUUCAAGUGCCCACCUGACGAAGACGCUUACAGACUCAUUGUUGCACUCCUUAAUGACGGACUGUCAUAUGUCAGUCGUAUGCCAACUUCGUAUGCCAGAGACGUCAAGCUUCCAGUCGCAACCGAGGCAAACAUAACACGUUUUGCGGAGACGAUAUUGCCGACUCACAUCCGAGGUACAUUUGAACAAGAGUUUGUCAAGGCCAAACCCACCAUGUAUGAGUAUAUUCACAAACUCCGGAAAUGGCGGGACAAGUUUGAAGAGAAGCUGGAUCGCCGUCGCACAAGCAUGCCUUUGGAGAACUUCUCUCACUAUACGCCGCAUCUGAGCGAGUUCCGGUAUCAGAAGUUCGACGAGGUCGAGAUUCCGGGUCAAUACUUGCAGCAUAAGGACAAGAACCAGGACUUUAUCCGUAUCGACAGGUUCCUGCCCAAUGUUGAUCUCGUCCGCACUUCCAAUGUGUCGCAUCGCCGACUGAAGAUCCGCGGCCACGAUGGUAGCGUUCACUCGUUUGCUGUUCAGCAUCCUGCGGCCCGACAGUCUCGCCGCGAAGAGCGCCUUCUUCAGCUCUUCAGACAGCUCAAUCAGACCUUGAGCCACAAGAAGGAGAGUCGCAGGCGUGAUCUCCAGUUCACACUGCCCUUGAUGGUACCGCUUGCACCUCAUAUUAGGAUCAUUCAAGAGGAUACGUCGUACAUCACUCUCCAGGGCAUUUACGAGGACCAUUGCCGUAGGUCGGGUGUACACAAGGAUGAGCCAUUCCUCUUUACGAUGGAGAAACUGCGCGGGCUCAUGGAUGGAAAGCUGCCGAACGCGGGACAGAACGCGGCGGCUCGUCUUGAAGUGCUCAACGCGAUUCAGGAGAAGUGGGUGCCGCACACACUGGUGCUGCAGUAUUUCCAGGCUAUCUUCCCCGACUUUGCCGAGUUCUGGCUCUUCAGGCGUCGCUUCUCAUACCAGCUCGCUGCGCUCACGUUCAUGACGUACAUCUUGCAUAUCGAUAAGCGGUAUCCGCACAAGUUCAACAUCGCGCGCGGCUCGGGUAACAUCUGGGGCUCGGAGCUCACGGCUCUCAUGGCGGCCAACAAGCCCUACUUCAGCAACACGGAGCCGGUGCCCUUCCGUCUCACGCCCAACCUUCAGACGCUCAUGGGCCCGCUUGCGCUCGAGGGCAUCUUUACCGUUUCCAUGAUGGCGAUCGCGCGCUGUCUGACGGACCCGGAGUUCCAGCUCGAGCACGCGCUGACGCUGUUUGUCCGCGAUGAGAUGAUCUUUUGGUUCACGAGCAGUCACAGGCCGCUGAACCUGUCGGAUAAUCAGCUGAGAGAGACGGUGCAGGCGAACAGCGAAAUGAUUGUCAAGCGGGCGGCAUCGCUGGCUCAGGCGCCGGCGGGUAACUUGCCGGCGUAUCAGACGAUCAUUGAUCUGAUUGCGAAGGCGGUUAGUCCGUUGAAUUUGGCGCAGUGUGAGGCGUUGUGGAUGCCGUAUCUGUGAUGGAGGGGUGGAGGUUUGCAUGGUAGUUUGAGUCGCUGGAAGUGUGUUUCAAUAUGAGGAAAAGAUUUUACAGGAACUUUGGAGUUUGUAUGCUAAGAAAGGAGGACAGAGCACAGGGUGUAUGUGGUAAUGAUGGGUUGUAUCUGCAUUCACGACGGUUAUUGUAUGGAGCGCAAGUUUGCAUUGUUCUUGGUGUUAGGAGGAGUAAAAAAGUGAUCAGUUAGCAGCAAUGAUUUAGAUACACAAGGCCUACGGGCUGCUUAUGAAAUGGUUGGGCUUGUGAG